ACCAUCGCCUGCACAUAAUGCCUCCCUUUCGCGAUGACCAGAUCUUCAUUAUCGCGCCCGGCUCGCAAACCACGCUGGCGCAACUCGGCCUGCCAGAAUCCUUCACACCAGCACGCUAUCGCCUAAGGUCGCGCAUGUUCCCUGGAGAGAACGAAGGCGAAUUCGAGCCAAUCAAGAUUCGACGCAGAGACAAACCAUUCGCCGCUGCAAAUGGGGAGGAGCCAGAAUGGGAGGAGGAUCGCAUAUCAGAGGAAGGCGCCAUCUGGCCCAUACAGAAUGGCACAAUUGUCGACUGGCAGUGCUUUUAUGCACUGCUCGAACAUGUCCACAACACUGUGAAUCCGCCCUUCCACACGCCCAUCUUGCUCAUUGGAGAACCCGUCUGGACACACAAAGAGUACGAGAAGGUCGCACAGUUCAUCUUUGAAAAGUUCAAGACCCCCGCACUGGCCAUGAUGGACUCUGCCGUGGCCACAGUCUACGCAUACGGCAUACCGACGGCGACCGUGGUCGACGUGGGUCUCAACAAAGCAGAUAUCACCUGUGUGGUCGACUUCAUGCUGCAGGAUGUCGGACGAGGCAUUGCUGUUGAGAACUGCGGCGGAAAUGCAAUGACCGAAGGCCUGAUGGAGUUGUUGAAAGGACGAAACGGCUUCACGCGAGACGUCUGCGAACAGCUCAAAAAAAGUAGCAUUUGCGAGAUUCUUCCUCCAGACACAGAAGUGCCGGACACUGAUGCCCCCGAAGGACCUGUGAAUCCAGCUGCUGCGGCGUCAACUGGCGCCGACGGAGCAGCACCAGGCCAGAGGAAAGCAUCGAUAGCUGGUGAUCGGCCACGAGGACCCGGGCCAGGUACGGAGGUCGGCGAAGAAAAGAAGCUGGAAGAUGACGAAGGUGUGCUCGACGUCGCGAGUAUCGUAACAAGCGGUAACAUGGCCGAGUAUCUGGCUCAAAAGGAGAAGGAGAAGCAGGAGAAAGCUGCGGCGAAACAGCGGAAAGCGAGUGAAGCCGGGCUGGCCGCACAAGCCAACAGGCCUGCUCGAUUACCAAAUGCAAAGCGCAGCCGAAAUACCUUCAUAUACGAAGACUUUGCGCUCCAUGAUGCCAUGAAGAAGGCGGGCAAAAGUGCCCAAGAAUUGCAAGACAUGCAGUCUGCGUUGGACGAAGGGUCAAACAAGCGACAAAAGACACCUGAACCUCAAUCUGCAGUCUCCGACAAGCCAGCAGAUGGCGGCUUCGACAAAUUCGACGGCACUACUGACACAGCACCGACUGGCGGCUUCCGACGCGAAAUCGAGGUUGGCCUAGAACGAUUCCAGGCUGCUUCGGGCGGAAUACUGGAUCGCCUUGCAGAUGCCAUACAUCGAACAAUACAAGGUUGUGGUGAAAUGGGAAAGAGAAGCGAGCUCUGGGACUCGCUGAUCAUACUUGGCAACGGAUCGAAGGUGCGCGGCUUUAAGGAAGCCCUGUUGGCAACGCUUCAGUCCAAGUAUAUAAUUUCGCCGUCAUCCGCGACCAUCUUCACUUCGGAGUUGCCAUCCAACAUGUCAACACCCAUAGCGACUGGCGCGAAUACUCCACAACCGCAGCUUCCCGGCCAACAACCUCCACAUUCUGGAGUGAAUCCACUCUUGCACGCUGCUUUGACGGCACAAAACCCUCAACUACAUCCGGGAUCCCAACCAGGCAUGCACACACCCAUGCAUGGGAUGCCACACCAUCAUAGUAUGCACUCGAGCGGUCACGGUCAGACGCCAACAAGCAUAAAGACUGCGAAAAUCCCAGAGUACUUCCCUGAAUGGAAAGAGGUCGGAUACGAUGAAGCUGCCUUCCUAGGUGCGCAAGUUGCAGGCAAGCUCCUUUUCAUCGUAGACGGUGGUGCUAGCAAAGGUUACAUGACGAGAACGGAUUACAACGAACAAGGACCAAGCGGUAUCCAUGAGGUCCGCAUGUAGAAAAGCAAUGCUGGUGUUUUGAACUCUGUGGAGAAGCGUUGCCAAUAUGGAAAGCAUGAGAUGAGAUUAAAUGCAUGUUUGCGAUACGAAGAAGAUGUCCCCAGAAUCGGAUCUACAGUAAUUACAGCCCG